UACAGAAACAUCAGCAUGUUUUGGAGUCCACACAGUAGGUCCUCGGCAGACACUCAUAUUACCUUUAAACUCUGAUAAGGAGAAUAUUAUUACCCCGCUGGUGGCCUAGUCAGAUAAAUUGUUUGUGGAGGACAGUCUGCACUUCUUUCAAGCUCUCAUUCUGCUGCACCAGUAGCUCCAGAUUGCAUUCCAAGGAAAUCAGCUGCUUCUUACUUGGAACAGCCAAGAGCAAUGGACAGCUUCGAGAACGACCACGAUUAUUCCAGUACUUCUCUGCCUUCCACCGCAGCCAGCCAGGACAGCGCUGAGCCAGGUUCCACCAUGCUGUGCCGCCUGAGAGACCGGGAGAUGCUCCGGAAGAGAAAGGCAGAGGCCCAGGAGAAGGAUUCGAUUCAGUGGGCUUUGGGGGACUACGAGAUAAGCAAACGGCAGAAGAAAGGCCAAGGUGCCGGGCGAGGAAAGGGCCAGGAGCACGUUGUGGUGCCUGCACCACAGCCAAACCCGCAGCCCCCGAACAACGAGGAAGCUGAGACGGUGUCCUCCAUGGAGGUGCAGCAAGACGAGCCUUUCCAGGACCUGCAGGACCUGUUCGAUGAUGUGCAGCUGGCAGAUCUGGAAGGGAUACUGGGAUCCGGGAGUCCCCUGAGUGAAGAGGAUAUGAUGAAGCUGAUAGAUGAAAUACAAGAUGUGCUGAAUAAUACGCUGGAAAAGAACGAAUCAGAUAAUGACAUGCACCCACCAAACCUAUUUUAAAGUUUUACUUAAACGCAUGCAUAUUCUUCCAGUUUUUAUGACUAAGAAAUACUGAAAAGCCUUUCUGAGAGACCUAAAGUUGCUCCUUCCUCAGGAACAAUAAAAAUCUGACUCUCUCUCCACCGUGCUU